AUGUCGAUAUUGUUUAUGCCGAACUUCAAAUAUUCGGAGUUAUGGCUACAGCUCAAUUUGACAGCAUGCGACUACAUGGUACUCGAACAAGCCAAAUUCUGGGCUGCCAGUAUUGGCCAGUGGUUUGUGCAAAAUAUGGCUCAUGCGACAAUCUUUGCAUUGUCUGGAAAAAUUGUGAUGUUCGGCGCCUUACUGCGCUAUUUUACCGAAAUUAGACAGCGGCCAAAAGUUGACUGCUAUGGAUUAUAG